GGUCCAGGCUGCUCCCCGGAGGCCUCCCCCGGAAGCGCUCCGUCUUCCACCUCUUCGCUGCCUGUCUCUUCCUGGGCUUCUUCUCCCUACUCUGGCUGCAGCUCAGCUGCUCUGGCAAUGUGGCCCAGGCAGCCAGGGGCCAAGGGCAGGAGGCCUUGGGCCAGCCCCGGGUCUGCCCGCCAGAGCCGCCCCCUGAGCGCGGGGAAGAAGACGCGGCGCAGGGCCCCCACCGCCUGGCCGUGCUGGUGCCCUUCCGCGAGCGCUUCGAGGAGCUCCUGGUCUUCGUGCCCCACAUGCACCGCUUCCUGAGCAGGAAGAGGAUCCGGCACCACAUCUACGUGCUCAACCAGGUGGACCACUUCCGGUUCAACCGGGCAGCACUCAUCAAUGUGGGCUUCCUGGAGAGCGGCAACAGCACCGACUACAUCGCCAUGCACGACGUGGACCUGCUGCCCCUCAACGAGGCGCUGGACUACGGCUUUCCCGAGGCCGGGCCCUUCCACGUGGCCUCCCCGGAGCUGCACCCGCUCUACCACUACAAGACCUACGUCGGUGGCAUCCUGCUGCUGUCCAAGCAGCACUACCAGCUGUGCAACGGGAUGUCCAACCGCUUCUGGGGCUGGGGCCGUGAAGAUGACGAGUUCUACCGGCGCAUUAAAGGAGCCGGACUGCAGCUUUUCCGCCCCUCGGGAAUCACAACUGGGUACAAGACGUUCCGCCAUCUGCACGACCCAGCCUGGCGGAAGAGGGACCAGAAGCGCAUCGCAGCUCAGAAGCAGGAGCAGUUCAAGGUGGACCGGGAGGGCGGCCUGAGCACCGUGCAGUACCGUGUGGAUUCCCGCACGGCCCUGUCUGUGGGCGGCGCCCCCUGCACUGUCCUCAACAUCGUGCUGGACUGUGACAAGGCUGCCACCCCCUGGUGCACAUUUGGCUGACGUGGCUGGACAGCGGGGAGCCCGUGCCCACGGCCAUGCGACUCAGGCGCAGGACGGGCCUUGAUGGGACGUGGCGCCGCCUAAAGCCAGAUGGUCCGUGAGGCAGGCUCCAGUGGCUGGACACAGGGCCGGGGCACCGUGAGCAAUGAACGUGAUCAGAGAGGUGCGGAGCGGUUCUGGCCAGGACUCCCCCUGCCCCUGCCCGCCCUCUUCUGCCACUUGGCGUGCGAGGCCUGUGGUGAUGGGAGCUGACCGGGGCAGCGUCACCUCAGCGGACUCAAGUGUGCUUUGCUCCUCCCGCCAGGCCGCCCCACACAGAGACCGGGACCAGGUGGCUGAUGCAGGCGGCAGUGGCACUGGGAAGGUUAGAGCUUCAGGAAGCAGGGCGUGGCCCCAGAGAGGGAGCAGCCAGGAUGACCCAGCUGUCAUCACACGCGAGUGCGGGCCUCGUGCCGACUUUGCAAAGAAACGAGGAUGCUGGGUCUCUAAGCGGAAUCUUCUGAUUUUUAAACGAUAGCAGCUAAAUGAAACUUUUAAGAAGUAUGGCAGGUCAAACAAGAUGUGUGUGGA